AGCUGCGGGAUAAGGUCACAACGCUUGGCCAGUAAGCGUUGAUAAAGGGGAAAGACGGGCUUUUUCACCAUGAACGGAAAACUUCUGGCCGCAGUCCUAACCGUCCUAUGCUUUGCCUUUGCAGACAGAGCUGCUGCAUUUGUAAAGGGAGCAGGGCAGCUUAGUUAUGGCUUGGGAGGAGGCUAUGGAGGCCUAGGAGGCUUUGGCGGCCUAGGAAGCUUCGGUGGCCUAGGAGGUUUUGGUGGCAUUGGAGGCUAUCGCGUUCUCGGAGGCUACAAUGGUCUCGGUGGCCUAGGAAGCCUUGGUGGCUUCGGAGGUCUGAGUGGCGUAGGAAGCCUUGGAGGUCUCGGUGGCUAUAGCAGCUAUGGUGUCCUCGGAGGUUACAGUGGCCUAGGAGGUGUCGGAGGCCUUGGUAACCUAGGAGGACUCAGUAGUCUAGGAUACUUUGGAGGUCUCGGUGGCUAUGGAGGUUCUCGUGUCCUCGGAGGUUACAGCAGCCUUGGAGGCCUAGGAAGCCUUGGUGGUCUAGGAGGUGUCAGUGGCCUAGGAAACUUCGGAGGUCUUGGUGCCUAUGGAGGCUAUCGUGUCCUCGGAGGUUACAGUGGCCUUGGAGGCCUAGGAAACCUUGGUGGCCUAGGAAGUCUCAGUGGCCUAGGAAGCCUGAGAGGUCUUGGUAACUAUGGAGGUUAUCGUGUCAUCGGAGGUUACAGUGGCCUUGGAGGUCUAGGAAGCCUCGGUGGCCUGGGAGGUCUUAAUGGCCUAGGAAGCCUUAGUGGUCUUGGUGGCUAUGGAGGUUAUCGUGUCCUAGGAGGUUACAGUGGUCUCGGAGGUCUAUCAGGGUAUGGAGGUCUUUCUGGUCUAGGAAGUCUCUAUGGCCUUGGCGGACUUUCAGGUCUCUCUGGACUUUAUGGAAGCUCCCUUGCUCUGUCAGGUCUUAGCGGAGGCCUCAGAGGACUAGGUGGACUGUACGGGCUUGGUGGUUAUUCUGGUCUUAGUGGACUCUCAGGGUUGUACGGAGGUUACUCAGGCCUUGGAGGCCUCUCUGGUCUCAUGGGAGGUUAUGGAGGUUACUCCGGCCUCCUCAACGGUGGUUACUUGGGUGGAUCCUCAGGAGUUUUCGGAGCCUAUAACCCAUCUGUAUUUUCAUACGGUACCCGAUUCGGUUCAGUAGGCUACCCAGGUUCAUUCGGAGGACUAAAUGCACGUGUUGUGGGAGGUUAUCCCGGAGUCGCUGGACUCUACGGAAGCUCUAUUGGUCUCUCAGGACUUGGAGGCUUCUCUGGACUCCUGGGAGGCUAUUCAGGCUUGUCAGGUCUUUCGACUUUGUACGGGGGAUACCCAGGCGUUUUGGGUGGACUCAGCGGUCUUGGAGGAUCUCUAGGACUUUUCGGUCGUGGUUUUGGUCUCUCCGGUCUGUCUGGCGGUUACUACGGACCCCUAAGCAGUGGUUACUUGGGUGGCUCUUCAGGACUUUUCGGACUCUCUAGCCCAUCUGUAUACUCAUAUGGCGGCUCACUCGGCUCGCUAGGCUACCCAGGAUCUUUGGGAGGUCUUUAUGGAGGACUUAGAGGAGUCAUUGGAGGCUACACUGGUCUGAGAGGGCUUUCAGGACUGUACGGAGGAUACCCAGGACUCUCUGGCCUGUCCGGACUUCUCGGAGGUUACUCUGGCCUUUCCGGCAUGUACGGAAGUUACCCUGGUUUUUCCGGUCUUUCCGGCGUAUUCGGAAGCUACCCACGUUCAUUCGGCCUCUCUGGCACAUAUGGUAGCGGUUAUGGCAGCUCACUUGGAUACGGCCCCUUCGGAGGCUUUGGCUACCCUGGCGUUUACGGUGGGAGAUUGGGUGGAUUCGGUGGCUACGGAUUUGGUGGCCUAAGUGGAUUCGGCGGCCUUGGUGGAUUCGGCGGUCUUGGUGGAUUCGGCGGUCUUAAUGGAUUUGGCGGCCUUGGAGGAUUUGGUUCAUUCAGUCCCGUCUCUGGAACUUUCCGUAACCUGGGAACAACCUCAAGCAUUGGUGUUCUUCCUGGUGUUGCUUCAGGAGCAGGACCUAUUAGCGGCGUGAAGGGAGUGAAGACUGUUGUGGUCUGAAAAGCAAGUUAUUUCCUCUUCUUCAUUACAUACGAAGUCAAGAAAACGAACCGAUAAACAAUAAAAUAUGGGCUUCAAAAAUCUACUGAAGCCACGGAAACUGCAGCAAGGCACCAUCCCCUACUACCUUGCAAAAUAAACUGUUCGUGACGCUA